UUUCUACAUUGGGGCGGUUACCAAAUAGGCGCAGUGCGCAGGCGCGGGAAAGUUGAACUAAUAAAAGUUUGUACAAAGUGAGUGGAGGCGGGGGCGGGGACGGCAGCGGCGGGGCCCCGGACCAGCUGUCUCCAUGGCAGGCUCAGAAGAGCUGGGGCUCCGGGAGGACACGCUGAGGGUCCUAGCUGCCUUUCUGAGGCGGGGUGAGCCUGCCGGGUCCCUCACUCCAUCUCCACCCAGGAGCCUUGCCCAAGUGGAGCCAACGGACUUCCUGAGCCGCCUUCGAAGAUGUCUUCCCUGCCCCCUGGGACAAGGAACUGUUCCUCCUCAGUCCUCUCGGCCUUGCUCUCUGCCCCUGCACCCCUGCUAUGGCUCAGAACCUGGCCCAGCUACUCCUGACUUCUAUGCCCUAGUGGCUCAGCGGCUGGAACAGCUGGUCCAAGAGCAGCUGAGAUGUCCGCCCAGCCCAGAGUUGCAGGGCCCCCCACCCACGGAGAAGGAAGCCCUCCUGCGGAGGCUGGUGGCCUUGCUGGAAGAGGAGGCGGAAGUCAUCAACCAGAAGCUGGCGUCAGACCCCGCCCUGCGCCGCAGGCUGGCCCGCCUGUCUACCGGCUCUUUCGCCCGCCUAGUGGAACUGUUCUCCAGCCGGGAGGGCAGCCCCGGCCCCAGCCGCGCCAGCCCCUCGCUGCCAUGCCCUGGGCCCCCACCGCCUUCCCCAGAGCCCCUAGCCCGCCUGGCCCUGGCCAUGGAGCUGAGCCGGCGCGUGGCCCGGCUGGGGGGCACCCUGGCCGGACUCAGCGUGGAGCACGUGCAGAGCUUCACACCCUGGAUCCAGGCCCAAGGGGGAUGGGCUGGCCUUGCACUCCCAGUGAUCCUCCUGCCUCAGCCUCCAGAGUGCUGGGAUUCAGAUGUGAGCUACCACACCCAGCUGCCGGGUACUGAACCCAGGGUCUCAGGAGGGUAUCCUGGCUGCAUCCCCGGUGGACCUAAGCUUACCCUUGGACUGAGCCGGUCCUGAGAAGCUGCUACAAAGACUGGACCUCAAGCCCCGCCCUCUUCGUUUGCUUUUCCCAUUUUUCUUCCUCAGGGCGGUGCGGGUGGUGGCUGCUCUACCUGAAUUGCCAAAAAGAAUUUGUAUAAUAAAAACUCUUAAUAUUAAAGACUUUUUGGGCCGGGGAUUUAGCUCAGUGGUUCCGCUGCCUGCCCUGCAAGCGCAAGAACCCGAGUUCGAUCCCCAGUACCAAAAAAAA